AUGACUAUCCCGUCUGCCUUUGGAUAUGACGCCAAGUUCAGUGAGCUGCCCGUGAAGCACUGCAUGGCGGAACCGAACCCGGAGUACACCUGCAAGCUCGGGCUUGCGCCACCGCUGCUCCUCAUCGUGAUCGGCUGCGUGUUCAUUAAGGGCGCCAUAUGCACAGGCAUUCUUUUCGGGCUGACUGACAACUCACUGGUCACCCCUGGCGAUGCGAUCUCGUCCUUUAUCUCGCAGCCUGACCCGAACACAGUCGGGCUGGCCACCAUGGGCUUCACAGACGCCGACCGCCUUGAAUACGACAGCUUAGAGAAAGUUCCAGCCUCUGGACUCCUUCACGGACCGAUGGCCCGGAGGUGGAGACACUGCCCUCGUCGCUUCAAAUCAGUGCUCUCGCGAGCUGUCUGGGUGCGAACCUACAGCAUCCUGAUAGCUGGGAUGGCUCUCAUCUCCACCGGCCUUGGCUUGGAUGUGACCGGCAACGGCGCGUCAACUCUGAUUGGAACGUUCGGGAAAGCUGCGACCACAAACAUCGCUAUUCAGUUUACCUACCUCGGUGCCCUGCUAAUGGCGAACACGCCUCAGCUCAUCUUGUCCUUUUGCUACUUCGCCCUCAACUCUUUCCUCACCCGCAUCCAAGUCGAGGAAGAGUGGAACUCCUACAGCCGUUCUUACAAGCCCCUGCGCGUUUCCAACCCGAAGGGGCAACAAGUCAGCCACUACCGGCUCCAACUGCCGUACAAGUACAGCAUCCCGCUCAUAGGCAUGAGUAUCGUCCUCCAUUGGGUCCUAUCUAACGCGAUAUUCUUAACAAUCAUAGAAGGAGGUUUCUGGGCGAACAUCAACCAGGAUGCAUCAAUGGCCGCCGGUUUUGGCGUUUCUGACGACUCUUAUAUCGCCGUGGGCGUGUCCGGAUCGGCCAUCCUCGCCCUGUUCGUCAUUUCCUCUGUGCUGUGCAUCUCCCUUGCACUCUUCAGCCUCCGCAAGCUGUCGGGCGAUAUGGUCUCCGGGGGCACAAACUCUCUGGUCAUGUCUGCCGCGUGCCACGUCCCGGCCAUAGCGAUGAGGAGCAAGCCACUUUCGGCUCGACGGAGCGAGCCAGCCAGCCGAAGCAAUGUUACUUUGAGGUCUACGAGCACAGGCGCCAGCUCCAUAUCGUCAUAUCAGCAGGUACCUUCGAUCGAAGGCGUCGAUAUUGUGCCCGAAGGACCUCUAUCACCCUACCACUUUUCGGCCAAGUCAGAACCCUCAAGCAAGUUUGGGCAACAGCAGGAAGCGAAGGAGGAUGAAGAGCAGUUGCUGUCAGGCGUCGUGGCGGGAGACGAGGAGACGACCCUGCUGGAAGAAGUUGCGACGUCCAGGAUCAGAUGGGGCGCCAUUCCUGCGAACCCUGGUAUCCUGGAGGGCGUUGUCACGGAUGAGGUUGUGUUGCACUUGGGCUUUGGCACCGAAGACCAUAAUGUCCAGCCUCCGUGUGAGGGUCGCUUGUAUAUCUGA